AUGUCGCUCAGCGCGUCUUGUGCGUCGGUGUCUCAGAAAAGGACUCUGUCGAGUCUCCUCGCUGGUCGCGUGCUGAAGAGGCCGAAGCAGGCGGAUGUCCAGCAGCUGCAGGAGGCGGCCAUCCAGCUGCUGGAGCAGCAGCAGAACCUCUGCAGCCUGUUCAGGGAGGUCGGGGUGAGUGAGGGCAAGAAAAACCAGAACCAGCCGGACGGCGUCGUGUCUGGCCUCACCGGGUCGCUGCUGGCGGCCGAACUGAGGCGUCAGGCUGAGCGGCUCGGAGUCUCGGCGACGGUCCUGUCGGUGAAGAUGGUGCUGGAGAGGCUGCAGGAGAUCACAGAGGAGAGGACGGAGGACGAGAGGAGGGAGAUGCUCACUGACUCUCAGAGGGUCCAGCUGGGUGUCCUGCUGCAGUCCGGCAGAGAGCUGCUGUCUCAGGGCGUCCUCAGCCCCACGCUGCUGUGGCAGGAGCUCAGCACAGAUCAGAGGCGGCCCAGACUGGAGGUGGUGUUCCAUCUCCACCGUUACACCAUCGUCACGCUGCAGUACAUCGUACAGAGUGAUGAGGGGCUCAGGUGUUGGCUGGCGUCUCAGCUGAAGGCUCUGUGUGGUUGGACGCCGCCGCAGGAAGAAGACGAGACCAAACGGGUCCAGCACCAGGUGUUGGCAGCCGUGGUCGGCGUCUUGGUCGGAUCAGGAUUCGAGCGGAGCGAUGAUCCGGCGGCUGCUGAUCGGAGGGUCUCACCGACCUGCUGCUCGGUGCUGGACGACAUGCUCUUCUGGCUUCUGGACGCCGUGGACACGAGUCUGAAGCUGCCGUCUGCUGGACCAGGACCAGGACCAGGACCAGAACUAUGGAUCCAGAUGUUGGAUGUGUCUCUGUGUGGAGCUUCAGCCUCAGCAGAAGCUCUUCAGCGGUUCUUCACCCACUGCCUCACUCAGACUCUCACCUACAGGCCUCGGCUGACAGUGUCGGACGCCGUCGCCCAGCAGAACCAGUGGACCUUCGCCAGAGCCGGCCGCCUGCUGACGUCUCUGUACCGAAGGCUGGCUGUGAUGUUCAGCGUGGAGCAGCUGCUGAACCACCUGCAGCAGGUUCUAGAAACCCACGAGGUCAACUGGAGGCUGGUGCUGUGCUUCGUCUCCACGCUGCUGGUUUACUCCCAGUCCGCCCAGUCCAGCCUCAGAGAGCUGCUGUCCAGACUCCUGAGCUCAGCGUUUGAAGGCUACGACCUGGAGAACAUGAUCACGGCCUUCCUGUUGGCCCGGCAGGCCUCUCUGGAGGGAGCCGGGGUGUUCCCCUCCUACAGCGACUGGUUCAAGAUGUCGUUCGGCGGCGGCAGCAGUUACCACGCCAACAGCAAGAAGUCUCUGGUGUUCCUGCUGAAGUUCCUGUCGGACCUGGUGCCCUUUGAGCCUCCACAGUACCUCAAGGUCCACAUCCUGCAUCCUCCCUACGUCCCUGUGAAGCAUCGCAGCCUGCUGAUGGAGUACGUCUCUCUGGCCAAGACCCGGCUGGCCGACCUCCAGGAGCCGGUGGAGGACAUGGGUUUGUACCAGGACGCCUCUGCUGCAGGUCUGUGUGUGCAGCCUCAGUGUCAGGCCGCUCAGGACGUGGACAGAGCUGUGUCUCUGUUUCAGAGCACCGGCCGGAUCUCAGCCACCGUCAUGGAGGCCAGCAUCUUCCGGAGGCCGUACUUCUUGACCCGGUUCCUUCCUGCUCUGCUGACGCCCAGGCUGCUUCCUGUGAAGGCUGAUGCUCGGAUGAGCUUCAUAGAGGCUCUGAAGAGAGCAGAUAAGAUUCCUGCUGCACAGCAUGCGUCCUACGUGGAGUCCUGUCACAAACAGAGGCAGCACAACCGAGGUGCAGCGUGUUCGGUCGCCAGCGACGACCCUGUGGAGCUCCUGAAGGCUCAGCUGCUGGAGCUCACAGAGCUGGUGGUUGGUGGAGAUGAUGGAGAGACGUCGGCCCAGCUGUCCAGGAUCUCUCACACUCUGAGCGUCGUCUUCCCCGGACGUCCCGACCAGCCGAGCGGACUGAUCAGAGUCGACGUGGACGCUCCUCCUUCGCCUGAACUCCACGUAAACGUUGUCGACGUGAUCCUGAGGAGCUUCUGCCAGUGUGUGUUGGACACUUCCAGAGCAAACCCCCCCAGCAACAGUGGCUCACGGCUGUUGUUGUCCAGGUUGUGUGUUGCUGCUGUGUGUUACGGGAUCUGCAGGAGUGAGUCGCUGCCUCAGCACCGACUGCAGGACUUCAUCCCCAGCAGCAUCUACAAGAAGCUCCUGUACCUGAUUCCCAGACUGCUGCCUGGAGUCAGAAGGGCUGCUGCUGGUGCUGGAGGCAGAGAACACCUGGAGGAGAACCUGGAGGAGAACCUGUGGAGCAGCGUCACAGACAGCAGCAGCACCUGGAGGACGACAGCUGGACACUUGUGGAGGAACGUGGCCUUCCAACAGCUGCAGCAGGAACCAGAGUACCAGCUGUCGUUCUCAGACUGGCUGAACGAGGAGCUCAGAGUCCAGAGGAGUGAGGACGUCCUCUCUGACGCAGCACGUCAGGAGUACCAGCACUGGGCCUGCUGGGAGCUGUACCUGCCCCGAGCCGAGGAGGACGGAGGCUGUGGAGGAGACGUGGAGAAGCUCUGCUCACACCUGGUCCACGGCGUCAUGCAGCUGCAGCUCAGCGGUGAGCCGGACCCGGAGAACCUGAACCAAAGAGCGUCAGAACCAGGAGGCUGUUUACCGGAUCUCCUGACCCGGUUACAGGAGGCUGUGAAUGAGAUGGAGGCGACCAGCCUCUCCGACCGCCGUGGGAGCAGAGCAGACGUUUGUGACGUCCUGUUUGAGGUUUUCCAGAGAUUCUCCUCCUCGGCUUCACCCAGCAUCAGCAGCGAGCUCAGCCUGCAGCGGGCGCUGCUCACCUGGAACAGAGUGCUGCUGGCUCUGCCGGCAGUGCUGCUCUUCAAGCUGAAGGCUGGAGGAGGACGGACAACGCUGGACUGCAGCAGACUGGUCCAACAUGUCAACCAGUAUCAGAGGCCCGUGUGUUCCCCCGUCGGCCUGCUGAGCUGCUCGGUGACCUCACACCUCCUCAGAGGUCUGCUGUGUGCCAGCUUAAGGUGUGAACGUCCAGACGAGGAGUUCAACAGAGCCUGGUCUCAGAUCAGCCUGAGCUGUCCUCUGCUGCUCGUCUCCACAGCGUUCUGGUGGCAGCGUCUGUCUCCUGUUGUGGCGUCUCUGUGGCGGCGGCGGACUGAUGGAGAUUCUCUGCCGCAGCAGCUGCAGCACAUCGCUGACGCUCAGAACUGGACCUGCAGUUUGCAGGACGGGCAGCUGCUGCCGACGCCUCCGGCUGCAGAUCUGAGCUGCGCCUCCAGCCUGCACGCCGCCUGGAGGCGCUGCGACGGAAACCUCCGGCGCUUCAGUGCAGCUCUGGGUUUACUGCGAGCAGAGAGAGACUCCCGGUACAGACAGCUGCUGGUUUUCCUGUUCUCUCUGUGUGUCAACGACUACCUGUCGGCGCUGCUCCAUCCUCAGCAGAAGAAUCUUGGAAGAGUCGGAGGGUUCUGCUCAGAGCUGCUGGCCCUGCUGGUCGACUCUCCUGAUUGGCUGCUCAUCUUUAGACCCACCGAGCGAGGUAUCUACCAGUCGGUGUCCAUGGUAGCGUCCGAUAGGUUCAUCCGCCUGCGGCCCUGGGCCUUCUGCAGCCUGCUGCUGCAGCAGAGUCCUGAGCUGCUGCAGGAAGCUCUGCGCUGUCCAGGCUUCUUUCACACGGCCGUCAGCUGCUACAUCAGCACACUGCAGCUCUUCCUGGACGGAGACACUCCUGCAACAAGCACUGAGGAGCAGGUGGAACCUUCUCACAUCCUGAAACAGACCAGAACAUUGAUUCUGACGGUGAUCUCACAAUCGUCUCCGGCUGCUCUCUCCUCCAGCUCCAGCCAGCUCAGACAGCUGCAGGCGCUGUGUGCAGAUGUGGAUCCAGAUGUGGAUCCAGAUGUGGCAGCAGCUCUGUUGCUGCACCUCGACCCCCCCAGCCUCAGCCCAGAGAUGGACUUCCUGUGACGCAGGAGCAGCGACCAAUCAGGACCAACGACAGGUCGGGCAGCUGGACGUCAGGCGUCUCCUGGAGUUUCUACGGUGACGAGUCGAUCAGAAAUCAAACUAGAGACGCUGGAGGAGCAGGAAUGUUUAGUUCUUCUACAGACAUCGAUGGCUUUCUGUCCCUGUGACCAGCCGGCUGGUUGAAGAGCAGCGACGACUCCAGUCCUCAGCUACAGUCCUGUUUUACACACAAGUCAAUCAGUUCAUGUUCUUCUGAAUCUUCGUCUCAACAAAUCAAUGUUUGAGCUCCGUGACUUGUCUGGUGAAGAAGUUCAGUGUCCUGCUGCUCUGUGGUUUGAUCUGUGGCUGCAGCAGCGUUGACAGCAGGCCUGAUACCGGUGCUGUUUGUUUGUUUGUUUGUUUGUUUGUUUAGCCCUGGUUAUGGGGGAACAGUGUGCCGCUAAUAAAGACAGUUAUUUAUUAAA